CAAUUGAAUCGCUAUAGAUCAAAGGAAGAAUUCUCUCUUUUAGUCUUUUUUUUUCCUUUUAUGCUGAGGAGUAAGGACCAACCAUUUCAUUUCAAAGUUUAAACCCGGUUCUCUAGCAUUCACAAAUUGACAUAGUCGACCGAAGGGGGGAGUAAGCCCAAACCGUGGUUUAGUCCACGUGUCAAACCGACGACCUAUUGUGUGGCAUCAAAUUCUCCUCAUCUCUAUGUCUUUCUUUUUGUCAAUGAUCCAGAUUCCCAAUUUCCGAUUGUUCAUAAUUCCUUUCCCCCCAAAUUGCAGGAACACAAGUGUACAGAAUCCUCUAUUCCUCUUCCUCAUUUUCUUCUUCCUUUCAUUAAGAUUCUUGAAACUAUCAGACAAACAAAGAAAGAAUGCUCUCUGAGACCACAGCAUUUAGAUAUUUUUCCACUGUUUCUUCGAUUCCUUCCAUCAAUGAAACUGCUACUAAUAAUAACCAAGCUUUUCCCUCUUCUUCUUUCUUGAAAUUCUGCAAAUUCCCUCCUUUUAAUCCGAAUUCACCGCAUCAUCGCCGCCCUAAAUCUGUACGGUUCGUCGCCAGAGCCUCCGGUUCCGGCCACUUCUUCGCCGACGACGCCUACGGCCCCUUCCCCUGGGAAUCCUCCGAUUCUGGAGACUCCUCCAUGCAAUGGGUUCCUGAAGAAAGAGUCACUUUGUUUACUGCUGAUGGACUUGUGCACCUGGGGGGAAAUUUGGUGCCUCGGAGAACCUCUGUUAGUGAUAAGAAGUUUGGAAAACUGAAGACAUCCCAAAGAUUCCAAAAGUUCCAAGAAAGUGACUAUAUGGAUCCAAAUCAAGUCCUGUGCUUGGGUGCACUGUUUGACAUUGCCGCAACGAAUGGCCUUGACACGGGUAGACGUCUCUGUAUUUUUGGCUUCUGUCGGUCCAUUGAAAUGCUAAGUGAUGUUGUUGAAGACACUGUGUUGGAGCAUGGUGGGGAGGUAUGUCCCUUUUGACUUAAUAGUCUCUCACUUGAGGCUGGAUUCCCCAUAGAAGGCACACAUCUUGUAAUAGAGCUUUAAUCAGUCUUAACUCUGUCUUUGACUUGAUAGUGUCUCACUUGAGGUCGAAAUCCUCGUAGAAGACUUACCUUGUAAUAGAGCUCUGAUCAGUCUUAAUUUUGUCUUCUCCAUAUAUGAUUGCCAAAAAGUGUCUAAUGGUUGGAACUACAGUUGUCCAUUCAUAUCGUAAGAGUUUCCUGAAGUACACCCGGUAGAACCAAUACAUUGAAUAGAAAUUCUAGUUGGUUAAUUCUCAAUGCUUGAUCAUUAACAAUGUUGAAUCCAGGUUGUUGCUGCUGAGAAAGCCAUCAGAGGUGGUUUGCAUGAAAAGCUAACCAUGACAGUUGCUGUACCGCUACUUUGGGGUGUUCCCCCUGCUUCUGAAACACUGCACCUUGCAGUUCGGAGUGGUGGAGGAAUUGUAGACAAGGUAUAUUGGCAAUGGGACUUCCUGUAGGUACUAUUAAAUCCUCUGAGUCUAUCUGACCAUUAUUUGGAAAUGUAUAUAAACUUGUAAUCCUUCAUUGUACAGUACUGCAUUCAAUGUUAAUAUGAUCCGUCAAUUGAUAGUCCCUCUUCAUCUCCAAAAUCUGACUUAAAGGUGGUUCAUUUUGUUAACCUACCUUGACUAUAUUCAGGUUACUUCUAACUGGAGCAAAAAGUAUUUGUAACUCCAUAAUGGAAUCAUUUCUUCUUCUAGGCAUUAUAAUUUA